AUACUAAUUACUGGAUGAGUAAACGUUUCAUUUGGUUACAAGUGGAGGUUUUAUGUGAGCCAUUAUCUGAUAAGGUGGGGUUACACACGUCUAUACAACAUUAUCAUUGUUAGAGGCAUUGAAGACAACACCUCGUGAUAUCUCAUAUGCAUGCCCUUCAUCCUAGAACAAUCAUUUUCUGCUAAUAGGAAUCUUUAAAACUAUAUAUAAACUAUCCUUUGCCUUCACAAACACCACAAUCCAUUGGCAUCCUCAAGCCUCAACACUUGGGGAAAUUUGAGAUUGUUCUUCUUCCUUCAUACAAACACAAAAAAAUGGGUUUCCGUUUUGCUGCUAUUCGACGGGCAUCAUUCACAGCCCGCAAAGCAGCUUCAAAAUCAGUAGAAGUCCCAAAGGGCUAUCUUGCAGUGUAUGUUGGAGAGAAACAGAAGCGGUUUAUGAUUCCCAUAUCAUACUUGAAUCAACCUUCAUUCCAAGACUUACUGGGUCAAGCUGAGGAAGAGUUUGGAUAUGAUCAUCCCAUGGGUGGCCUCACAAUUCCCUGCAGUGAAGAUAUCUUCCAACAUAUAACUUCUCACUUGAAUGGACAAUAAAUCUCAUGCUGUAGGACACUGACAAAGAUUAGCAGAGAAAUUUUGUACAAUAGACAUCUCUACUUGUAAUGACUGUUACAAACUUUUGAGUAAUGACAAUAAAUUCAAUUACUAA